UUCUGACCAAUGGAAACUCCCCCUACAUGGAUGGCAUGCUGGGUGAGCUGAAUUGAUACAUAAAAACAUUGAAGUAUUGCUCACACAGAUAGAGGAUUCAGACACGGACAGCAGCAAUGGAUCAUCAGAUGUGUGCAGCUAUGAGGGGGGUUGUCCUUCUCUUUCUGCUUUCUCUCUGGGCUGGAGACAAGGUGGAUGCUCAGAUUAGUGAAGCAAAUUUAGCUAAACUGAUUACAGAGAUGAAAAAGUUCGGACUGCAAAAUCGUGAGUAUGCCAUGGCUGUCAGGCUCACCAAAGAUGAGUGCAAGACUGGAGAGUUUGAUGUCAACGUUGAACCAGAGGUGGUCAAGGCGGCACUUACUGCCGGACAAAUCUACAAAGGAGACAAGAUCAUCGCAGCCAUACCGUAUAAUGGCUACCACGCAGAGUAUCGUCUCCUGAGUAUUACUACCCAGGAAAUGGGCUACCCCAUAUUACACCUGACCAAUAACAACAAGGACUGUAUAAUCUUCUUUACCACAUUCUCUCCCUGCCUGGAGUCCUGUAUGAAGGAAAGAGGAGGCCACAGCAUUAUCAAUGACCUUGAUAGGGCCUUCCGUACUAGAGACCUAAACUCUAAGGCCUUUGUGUUUGAGAAAGUCUGGCAACCUAAGUGGGGUGGGGCAAAAACCAAUCCCCCAAGGCAAAACGUAUUAAACUCCUUCAAUACAAUACAUAAGAAAAUCCCCCUAUAUCGCUGUACACGCAGCAAGUGUUAUUAUUGCAAUGAGAUAAACACAGGUCACUGUUUGGAGGGUUACAGUGGCUGAGUGCACUCCUUCAAUGAAGCCUCCUACUAUUUUCUACAUUGUAGAAUAAUAGUGAAGACAGCAAAACUAUGAAAUAACACAUAUGGAAUCAUGUAGUAACCAAAAAGGUAUUAAACAAAUCAAUAUAUAUUUCAUAUUUUUGAUUCUUCAAAGUAGCCACCCUUUGCCUUAAUGACAGCUUUUUACACUCUUGGCAUUCUCUCAACCAGCUUCACCUGGAAUGAUUUUAAACCCGUCUUGAAGGAGUUCCCACAUAUGCUGAGCACUUGUUGGCUUCUUUUCCUUCACUCUGCAGUCCAACUCAUCCCAAACCAUCUCAAUUGGGUUGAGGUCGGGUGAUUGUGGAGGCCAGGUCAUCUGAUGCAGCACUUCAUCACUCUCCUUCUUGGUGAAAUAGCCCUUUCACAGCCUGGAGAUGGGUUGGGUCAUUGUCCUGUUGGAAAACAAAUGAUAGUCCCACUAAGCCCAAACCAGAUGGGAUUGCGUAUCACUGCAGAAUGCUGUGGUAGCCAUGCUGGUUAAGUGUGCCUUGAAUUCUAAAUAAAUCAGAGUGUCUCCAGUAAAGCACCAUUACACCUCCUCCUCCAGCCUUCAUGGUGGGAACCACACAUGCAGAGAUCAUCCGUUCACCUACUCUGCGUCUCACAAAGACACGGAGGUUGGAACCAAAAAUCUCACUUUUGGACUUAUCAGACCAAAGGACAGAUUUCCACCAGUCUAAUGUCCAUUGCUCGUGUUUCUUGACCCAAGCAAGUCUCUUUGUCUUAUUGGUGUCCUUUGAUAGUGGUUCCUUUGCAGCAAUUUGACCAUGAAGGCUGGAUUCGUGAAGUUUCCUCUAAACAGUUGAUGUUGAGAUGUGUCUGUUACUUGAACUCUGUGAAACAUUUAUUUGGGCUGCAAGUUCUGAGGCUGGUAACUCUAAUGAACUUGUACUCUGCAGCAGACGUAACUCUGGGUCUUCCUUUCUUGUAGCGGUCCUCAUGAGAACCAGUUUCAACAUAGCGCUGGAUGGUUUUUGUGACUGCUCUUGAAGAAACCUUUAAAGUUCCCGACUGGCGUUUCCCUUUGCUUAUUUGAGCUGUUCUUGACAUAAUAUGGACUUGGUCUUUUACCAAAUAGGGCUGUCUUCUGUAUACCCCCAUACCUUGUCACAACACAACUGUUUGUCUCAAACGCUUUAAGAAAGAAAGAAAUUCCACAAAUGAACUUUUAACAAGUCACACCUGUUAAUUGAAAUGCAUUCCAAGUGACUACCUCAUGAAGCUGGUUUCGAGAAUGUCAAAAAGAGUGUGCAAAGCUGUCAUCAAGGCAAAGGGUGGUAAUUUGAAGAAUCUCACGUAUAAAAUAUAUUUUGAUAUUGUUUAACACUUGUUUGUUCAACACUUGUUACUACAUGAUUCCAUAUGUGUUAUUUUAUUGUUUUGAUGUCUUACUAUUAUUAAACAAUGUGGAAAAUAGUAAAUAAAAAUAAAAACAUUUGACUGGUAUGGUAUAAAGGUA